AAAUGGCCAGAUAUGAAGGAGUUUUGUGAAAAGUGUACAAUGAUCUCCAUCGAAAUGGCCAGUAUCCCCAAGCUUCCUGAAGUUUUGCGGUGCAGAGAACUAAAGUUGUUGGUUCUUAAUGCUACUGUUAUGGAUUACUACUCUUUAGAAAUCCCGUGCAACUUUUUUAAAGAAAUGACAAAACUCAAAGUGUUGGAUUUAACUUCUUUGAGUAUCCCGGCAUUACCUCCAUCUCUUCAGUUUCUAAAAAGUCUGAAGACAUUGUGUUUAGAUGCAUGCACCUUGGGAGAUAUAGCUCUAAUUGGUCAUCUAGAAAACUUAGAAAUCCUUAGCUUUCUAAGAUCCGAGUUUAAAGAGUUGCCCAAAGAAAUAGGUCAAUUGACUCAUCUACGACUGUUGGAUUUGACUGGUUGCUCUCAGUUGGAAUUAAUUGCACCUGGUAUUAUCUCAAAUUUGAAAAGGCUAGAAGAACUGAGGAUGGGAAAUAGCUUUAACCGAUGGGAGACUGAAGGAGUCACUGGUACUGAGAAAAGUAAUGCAAGCCUUUUAGAGCUCAAGCACUUGUCUAAGCUAAGCACUUUGCAUAUACAUAUCGUGGAUGCUAACAUUCUUCCAACAGAUUUGUUCUCCAAUGCAUUGGAACGAUACCAAAUAUAUAUUGGUGCUGCAUGGAACUGGGAUGAUGCGGAUGCAAACCUCAACACACUGAAAAUCAAGCUCACUACCACCAAUGAACUGUACCAAUCUGGUUUAAACAUGUUGCUGAAGAAAACUGACGAGUUACACUUGAAUGGAAUGGAUGCUGGUAAUAAUACAGCUUAUAAUCAAUUAGACGGUGAAGAAUUUCAGCAAUUGAAACAUCUCCAUGUCCGCAAUGCUGAGUUUAGAUGUAUCAUUAAUGGGAAGGGCGUUUUUCCCUAUUUGAAAAGGUUGGUGGUGAGUGACCUAGAUGGUUCGAGAUUCUUAUUAUCAUCUUCCAUGGCUAGAAGUCUUGUACAACUCACACAUCUUGAGAUAUCUGGAUGUCGGAUGAUGGAAGAGAUAGUAUCAAUAAAUGAAACUGAUGAUAAGUUUAUGAAGGACAUGUUCUCUAAGCUACAACAUCUGGAGCUAAAAGAUCUUCCAGUUCUGACAAGAUUCUGCUCAAGAAAUUCUACUGGAUUUCCAUCUUUGGAGAUUUUGCAACUAGCUAACGACAAUGAAAUUGAAGAAAAGGAAUCAGGAGAAGACAUUGGGAAUUUUUUGUUUGAUGAAAAGGUAGUAUUUCCAAGCUUGAUGAGAUUGUUCAUCCAUGGGUUGAAAACGAUAGUGACAAUAUGGCACAAUCAACUUUCUCCAGAGAGUUUCAAAAAUCUAGAGACUGUAAAUAUUAAUUCGUGCCAGAGUUUGAAAAGUGUUUUUCCAUCCUCAAUGGUCAGAAGUCUUCAGCAAUUAAUGCAUCUGGAAGUGGUCGAAUGCGGAGUGGAGGAAAUUGUUGCAAAUGAGGAUGGAGGACAAACAACACAUGAGUUUGUGUUCUCAAAAGUAAACUCUGUCCAUUUUUGGGAUUUGCCCCAUCUUAGCUGUUUCUAUUCUGGAGCGCAUGCUUCCCGGUGGCCGUCACUUGAAACCUUGAAGGUACUUUAUUGCUGGAAAUUAACAUUUUUGGCCCAAGAAUGUUCAAGCUUCGAGAGAAACUGUGAGUCGAUGAAUCCUGCUCCAGCUAACCAAGCUCUCUUUCUAAUUAGGAAGGAUUCAUUCCCCAAGUUGAAGUUAGUGGCCACAUUCGGGAUGGAGAUUUGGGAUGGUCCAUUCCCAGUAAAGGUCUUCCGCAGUCUAGCAAUAUUUCGAGUCGGUAAUCGACACUCUGAGGCAGCUGCUAUACUUGAGAAAUUCCCUGGUCUUGAAAAACUCAGUGAAACGAGUUCGGCUCCCUCCAAUGAAAUAUGCAGCAGUGGGGAUAUAAAUGCAGUUGAGGCCCUCCCUCAUUUAAAUGAGUUGUGGCUUCGCAUGUCGAAACUGAUGCAUCUUGGGGAAGAUAACACUCAAUCAGCAGGUCAAAACUUUCCAAACCUGAAAAUUCUAUGGAUAGAGUAUUGUGACAACUUAAGGAAUCUAAGAUCAUCAGCAAUAUCCUUCAAGAAUCUGACAAACUUGCAAGUAACUAGUUGUCCCGGAUUGGAAUACUUGAUAACUUACUCCAUAGCUAAAAGUUUCUCGCAACUCACACACUUGACAGUUGAGGAUUGUGCAAGACUGGUAGAAAUGGUGAGAAGCACAGAAGAUGAUGACGAUUCAGGAAAUGAGAUUGUAUUCAGCCGGUUGAUAUAUCUAAGACUUUCUAAACUACCAAAAUUGCAAGUCUUUUGCUCUGGAGAUUUCAUUGUCAGAUUUCCAUCUUUGGAAACUUUAUUGAUAAGCAGACGCCUUAAAUUGAAGGUUUUUCAUAAUUAUGAAACACUACAGAUAACCGACGAAAUAGUUGACACAGACGUUGAUGUUGAUGAUGGCGUAACGGUAAGAAAGGAAAAUGUCGACACAGAUGAUGGUGAACAAAUAGAUGAAACUACACCUAUCACAGGCGCAAAGAAAGACGAACAGUUUGAGGUAACAAAGGAAAACGUCAAUUGUAAUGGAAAACGAGAAAUUGAAAAGGUUUACAUGGACACCGGUGCUGAUCAUGAAGAAGUUGCAGAAACUACACAUAUCACAAACAAAAACAUAGACGCUAGUUUUGAUGGAUCGGAACAUGUUCAUCCCCUUGAGACCACUACGGCUGAUCUGGGGGUUAUAGCACCAAUGGAAGAAAAUCUGGCCAUCAUACCAGUAGGUGAAGUCACAACUCCUGUGUUCCCAGUCAUUGAGCAUUCUCUUGUUGCAGAAGCACCUGGGCGACAAGCAUUCUCAGAUAUUGAGCCUCUUGCCGAAGAAGCAAGGCCUGAUGUUCAUCAGACUCCUAAUGCACCAGAACAGCCUAUUGAGGAACAUAGUGAUAUUCCCUUUGAGUCUUCAGCUGCUGAUACAGGAACUCCGCCAACACAUAUCAUUCCUGCACUGCCCUUUUCAAGUUUGUUGAAGUCAUCUGGAGCAAAACGGUCAUUGAGAGAGAAACUCAAAGGUCUGUCUGCCAAGAAGGCAGCUAGCAGUUCCGGCCUGUCUGAGGAGGCGAAGAGCAAGCUCAAAGCUCUUAUUGCUACUGCUGACUUGAGAGAUCCCCACACCAGACAACAGCUCUUGACAGUGCUGCCCACUCUCCAACUGUCUGCUACCAUAAGGAUUGCUGAUCUCGCUGUUCAAGAGCUAUCGAAGUUACCACUGGUUCUGGACAAGCAGGAAUCAUUAUGCCAAGAAUUGGCUUCGCUUAAAGCUCAGGGCUCCCAGCUUGAUGAAAGGAGUCACAUCCUCCUCUCUGAAGGUUCUUUAGCUGAAGAAACCAUCCAGAAGGUUCAGGAGCAGCAGGCGGAGCUGCUGGCUCUGGAAGAGCAAAUCAAGAAGCUUGAGGCGCAAGCAAUUCCACUCCGGGCUGAGAUUGCCAUUGGCGAAAAGAGGUAUUCUGGCUUUGAAGCGUCCUUGGAUCAGCUAGUUGAGGAACAACAACUCAACCAACUCUCUGUGGAUUCAACAAGUGAAGAGUUGCUUAGGACUCGAGCUGUGAGUGACAGCUUAUGUACUGCCAUCUUUACUCAUCUCCGCCAACUAUUGUAGGCCUCAGUUUUGCAUUUAGGCGCAUGUAUUUAUUAGGAUAGUAUUAUACCUUAUGCAUUGUAGCGGAGCACUAUGACCACGUACUUCACCUCGUAAGUAUGCUUUA